GAAAUAAAUAAAGAUGUAUCUAUUCAAGUGGAUUAUAUUGUAGAAUUUUCCUAAACAUUAUUUUUCCCUAUGUUGUACAAAAAUAAAUAAAAAAGCUUCUUCUUCGUCGUCCUCCAGUUCCACUGUUCCAUCUCCAGUUACAUUCCAUUCUCAGAAAAAUGGGGACAACCACCACAGGCUCAGGCACCGGCACAGGUACAUUGGCACCUGGUCUCUCCCGGAAACUGAAGAAAGUCUUGGAAUCCACGAGAACGGAGUCACCGGAUCUGUUGGCUUCCCUCAACACUCUCUCCUCCUUCUACGCCGAUAACACACCUCACUCCCGUCGUAAUCUCAGAUCCACAAUCGAGAAGCGAUCUCUCUCCAUCAACCACGAGUUUCUUCAAGCCUCCGCCACUGCUCAGGAAGCCUUGGAUCGCGUCGAGGUCGAGGUCGAUGCACUCGCCGAUUGCUGCGAUAGGAUUGCUAAGGCUCUCUCUACUUGUACUGCUUCCACUGGCGACAUCAUUUCCACCACCGAACGUCUCAAGCAGGAGCUGGAUGUUAACAAUCAGAGGCAGAAUAUUGUCUCUUGCUUCCUCCGUGAUUAUCAGCUCUCUAAUGAUGAGAUCACUGCUCUUAGGGAUGAUGAUCUCAGCCCGGCUUUCUUUAAGGCUCUUUCUCAUGUUCACGAUAUUCAUGCCAAUUGUAAACUGCUAUUGCGGACGCAUCACCAGCGUGCUGGUCUUGAACUUAUGGAUAUGAUGGCUGUGUACCAAGAGGGAGCUUAUGAGCGUCUUUGCAGGUGGGUUCAGGCUGAAUGUAGAAAAUUGGGGGAUGCUGAUAAUCCUGAAGUUAGUGAACUACUGAAAACCGCAGUUCGCUGCCUCAGGGAAAGGCCUGUUCUUUUCAAGUAUUGUGCAGAGGAGGUAGCCAAUAUGAGGCAUAAUGCAUUGUUUAGAAGGUUUAUCAGUGCUCUUACUCGUGGAGGACCUGGGGGCAUGCCUCGUCCUAUUGAAGUGCAUGCUCAUGAUCCCCUUCGAUAUGUAGGGGACAUGCUAGGGUGGUUGCAUCAGGCGUUAGCAUCUGAACGGGAAUUUGUUAUCAUGCUACUAGAUCCUGAUGCAGUGGUUGAUAAUAGACAAAAUGAGGACCAUUCUUCCAAGAGCAUGCACAGUGAUUUUGCAAACAUAGAAUCUGACUUGACAUUUGUUUUGGAUAGAAUUUUCGAAGGAGUUUGCCGGCCUUUUAAAGUCAGGGUUGAACAAGUUCUUCAGUCUCAACCUAGUCUUAUAAUAUCGUACAAACUCAGUAAUACCCUUGAGUUUUACAGCUACACUAUAUCAGAUUUGCUCGGGAGAGAAACUGCUUUAUCUGGUACACUAUGGACGCUUAAAGAUGCAGCACAGAAGACAUUUUUUGAUAUUUUAAAAAGUCGAGGGGAAAAACUUCUAAGAUAUCCCCCGCUGGUGGCUGUUGAUCUUUCUCCACCUCAAGCAGUAAGGGAGGGAGUCUCUGUUCUGCUUGAAAUAAUUGAUACUCAUAACAGCAUGAUGGUUCCUGCUUCUGGAAAUAAACUUGACUUUGAUCCUGUGAUAUCUGCCUUACUCAACCCUAUAAUUCAAAUGUGUGAGCAAGCAGCAGAGGCACACAAGUCCAAGGGAGGCAGUCACUCAUCUCGGAGAAGUAGACUUAGCUCGGACUCUGCCCAAAACAGUAAGUCAUCAGUUGAUGCGCUGUUGUCUAGUAGCAUUUCUGCCUCAUCCUCUCAGAAUAGCGAGGCACUGUCGAAGAUAUUCCUCAUAAAUUGCUUGUGCGCCAUUCAGCAGCCACUGUUGGGACACGAGGUUGCAGCUGAAUACGUGAAGAAGCUCGGAGUGAUGAUAGAGAAUCAUGUUGCGAUCCUUGUGGGAAAAGAAGUCGAUGGCAUCCUAAGUAAAUGUGGCUUGUUGCAGAAGAUGAACCAUUUUCGUGAUUCUGCUGGGACCCCGCUGGUUGAGAUAGAGGGCACGUCGCCAGCACAUCUCUCGGAAUGCCUCAAAUCAUUCUUUGGUUUGAUUUUGGGAAGUGAGAGUUCACUACCAGAGUUUGAGCAGAUGCAGGUUCCCAAGUUACGAUCGGAAGCUUCAGUCCAGGUGGCGAGAUCGCUGGCAGAAGCUUAUGAGCUAAUAUACGACGCCAUUAUGGAUCCCAAGAACGGUUAUCCUGAUCCCAAAUCUCUGGCAAGGCAUCCUCCACACCAGAUAAGGACCAUUUUAGGGAUAUAAAACCAUUGAAAAAUAAUUACCUCUCUGUAACUUGUUAGUUUUGUUUUUGUAUUAUGAUUAUCUAUGUCUGUGUAUUCUUUUCCUGCAAUUAUAUAAAUGUGAGCUUUUUGGUAUA